GUACAAGCUUCCGAAUCCAAAGGUCACCUCCUCUCGAGCCUCCCACUCCCCAACGGCCCUGAUCACAGAGGCCCACGCACCGCACUUGGGUCAAACCGAAACGACACCCAAAUGUUCUCACAUCAAUUCAGGCGGCCAAAACUCCCAUCUCGCAGCGAAAUCUGCACUCUCCUCUCUUUCCUCCCCUCGAUCCAUCAUUUUUCUGGGCCCAAAACAUGAGGGCUUCAGCUCUAUCCGUAGCCCCUCUCAUCUGGAGCCUCCUCUUGAUCUGCAAUGCCGACCUCAACGAGGAAGCCACUGCUCUCCUCUCGUUCAAGAACUCCAUCAGAGAUGACCCAGGCGGUUCCUUGACCAACUGGAACUCCUCAGGUCAAGACCCAUGUCAUUGGAACGGGGUCACCUGCAAGCAGUCAACGGUGGUCUCCUUAAGCCUCCCUAAAAAUGGGCUUUUGGGCACAUUGCCCUCUUCUCUUGGGUCACUCACUUCUCUUAGGCACAUCAACCUGAGGAGCAAUAGACUGUAUGGGAGCUUGCCUCCAGAGAUCUUCAGGCCCAGAUCUCUGCAGAGUUUGGUUCUGUAUGGGAAUUCCUUAUCUGGGUCUCUCCCUUCUGAGAUUGGGAGCUUGGUUUCCCUUCAAAUGUUGGAUCUUUCAUAUAAUUUGCUUAAUGGGUCAAUGCCCAUUUCGUUAAUACGUUGCAAGAGGCUGAGGACCCUUGUUUUGAGUCACAACAACUUCUCUGGUUCUCUCCCCUUGGGUCUUGGUACAAGCUUGAGUGCACUGGAGUCGUUCGAUGUUUCGUUCAAUCGACUGACUGGUGCGAUUCCUAGUGAUAUUGGCAACCUUAGUAGCCUUCAGGGUACUGUUGAUCUCUCCCACAAUUUGUUUUCUGGUUUGAUUCCGAGCAGCAUUGGAAAUUUACCUGAGAAAGUGUAUGUUGAUCUCAGCUAUAACAAUCUCAGUGGACCAAUUCCUCAGAAUGGCACUUUGGUCAAUCGAGGGAUAUCUUCUUUUAUAGGAAAUCCCAGCCUUUGCGGUCCACCGUUGAAGAACCCUUGCACGUUGGGCAGUGUGAGAAAUGGAGGUAGAGUGAAAAGAAGUCUGGUCAUUGCAUUAAUUGUGAGUGAUGUGUUUGCACUUGGUAUUAUAGGUCUAUUGUUCUAUUACUUGUAUAGAAGAGCAAUUUCGCACAAGGGGAUCAAAGGGCCAUUGAAGUCUAAUGGGGAUUUGAAGAGAAAUGAAUGUUUGUGUUUUGGUGAAAAUGAAGUAGAGAAAUUUGGUCUAGUUCCAUUGGACAAGCAUGUGAACUUUGAUUUGGAAGAGCUUUUGCAAGCGACUGCAUUUAUAGAUGAUGGUCGAACUUUUGCUGUUAGGAGGUUUGGAGAAGGAGGGCAGAAGAGGCGUAAAGAAUUCGAACUAGAGGUGGAAGCUAUUGCAAAAGUUAGGCAUGCAAAUAUUGUUGCGUUGAGAGCUUAUUAUUGGUCGGUUGAGGAGAAGCUUCUCGUAUAUGAUUAUAUACCAAACGGAUCUCUCUCUACUGCAUUACAUGGACAAAGUGGGGUUAUUUUUUCACCAAUGUCAUGGAGAGUUCGACUUAAAAUCAUGAAAGGCAUAGCCAAGGGCCUAGCAUUCUUGCAUGGACAUAAAUAUAUCCAUGGAGAUCUCAAGCCAAAGAACAUUCUUCUUGGACUGAAAAUGGAACCAUAUAUAUCAGAUUUUGCAGUCGGGCGUCUUGCUCGUUUAGCAGAAGAUUUCACACCAGAGCGACCACAAAGUCAAUUCUCUGAUUCCGCAGUUAGCCCAGUUAGUCCUGUUACUGAUGAUCAACCAUAUUAUCGACCACCUGAAGCUUUUAGAACUCUGAAACCAACAAACAAAUGGGAUGUUUACUCUUAUGGAGUGAUUUUACUUGAAUUAAUAUCUGGUCAAUCACCAGAAGUUCUGUUGGAUACUAUGGAAAUGGAUUUGGUUCAGUGGUUUCAGUUCUGUAUCAAGGAGAAGAAGCCAACGUUUGACGUAUUUGACCCGUAUUUAUCUCAGGAGCCUAAUGUGGAGGAUGAGAUUAUCGCAGUUCUAAAAAUAGCACUAGCGUGUGUUCAGCCCAAUCCAGAAAGCAGGCCAACCAUGAGGCAUGUCAAAGAUAGUUUAGAAGGGUCAAUCCCCAGAAGCUGAGAAAUCCCUGAAGAUUUAUAUCCCAAAAAUUCUAACCAUUUAGAUGCUAGCUGCAGAUCUCUGCUGAAAAUUUAUCAAUUGGAUUAUGCAGAGCCAGUCUAGCUUGUCCACUAUGGUUUACCUUGUAGAAGGUUAGCUUCUAGUUUUCCUCCUCGCUAUGUUAUCAGUGUGUUACGUUCCAAGUUUUGUGGAGCUUCAUGUUCUCAAGCAUUCUUCAUUCAAGUUACAACUUUCAUGUCUUCGAGGUA